GAUUUUAAUCGUAAUAAAAGUGCAAUGGCUGUUAACUGUAUAUUUUUUAAGCAUGCUAUGUCUAUUUAAACUUUUUAAUAAUAUAAGGAGGCACGAAGUGUAUCAUGUCCCACCAUAAAAUGGGUAAGACAGAUGACACUUAUGUGAUAGCUAAAUAUGAUUAUACUGCACAAGGCAGUCAGGAGUUAGACAUCAAAAAAGGUGAAAGGCUUAUUCUCUUAGACGAUAGUAAACACUGGUGGAAAGUUCAGAAUGCUAAACACCAAUCUGGUUUUGUUCCUUCAAAUUAUGUCAAACGAGAAAAACCUUCAAUAUUUGAUAGUAUCCGGCGCAAAGUAAAGAAAAAGACUGAAGCGAAAAUGUCUCCAAAUGCAUCUCCCAUUGCCACAAAGGAAGUGAACGUGGACUCUCCUCGUAACACGUCGGAUAAAACUUGUACGUACACCGGUACGUCGGCUAUAGUUAAGUACAAUUAUGAGGCUCAGCAGACCGAUGAAGUUUCUCUUUCAAAAGGCACCCGAGUAUUAGUGAUGGAGAAAUCAAAUGACGGUUGGUGGAAGGGAGAAUGUGACGGCACUGUCGGCUGGUUUCCUUCGAACUACGUCUUGGAAGAGAGUGAGGAUGCAAACGACAGUAGUCAUAAUUAUACCCCUGCUGGUUCUGCCAAUAAUACUCUGCAAGGUGGUGGUUGCUUGGAUGUAGUAUUGGCUUUGUAUUCUUUCACCUCUCAGAAUGAAGAAGAGUUAAGUUUCCAGAGGGGUGAACAUUUGGAAAUAAUCGAUAGACCAGAAAAUGAUCCGGACUGGUGGAAAGCUAGAAAUCAGCGUAACGAAGUUGGGUUGGUGCCAAAAAACUACGUUCAGGUUGUUUGCCACGGUAAUUCUGUGGAAACAUAUCCUGGCAAAAACUUUCCUCUUUCUAGUAGUGCCGACAUUUUAAUGGACAAUGGCAUUUCUAGGAAAGAGACGACCAGUUUGUCGCUCGGAGCGAGUGGCGGGUCACCUGCACUAUUCAGGAACAAAUUUGGCAGCUUACAGGAACGGCCGGAUUUGUCUGGAAAGAGUUGGUAUUAUGGUAGUAUUUCUCGCAGUCAGUGUGAUCAAAUGCUUGGAGAAUAUGCAGAAGACGGUGAUUUUAUUGUACGGGAUAGUGAAACAAAUGUCGGUGAUUACUCGAUAUCAUUGAAAGCUGCAGCUAGGAAUAAGCACUUUCGGGUACAUGUGGAAGGCAAAGUGUUUUGCAUUGGGCAACGAAGGUUCGACACCUUGGAUGAUCUGGUGGAACAUUACAAGCGAGCUCCAAUAUAUACUAGUCCUCGAGGUGACAAGUUGUUCUUAAUAAAACCGUUUCAAAAAUCUGCAAAAUCGUAAUACAAUUUGGUACACCUGCUUGGAUUGAAACAUCUGUUAUGUCAAAGCUUCGUAAAGGAGAAAAAGUCUAGGCAUGUUUUGUCUACUCUCUUAAAAAGACUUACCUUAGAUGACCAGUGCCAUUCGUAAAAGCUGUUCAGAGAAUGCCUUGUUUAAGCUCUACCCUCUUUGCCAAGAAGUGCCUUUAUUUAAUUGUGUUUUCCUUUUAAAAUAAUGUUAUGCUACUACUGAUCUGUUCUGAUAAGCAUGCAUUGCCUGUGGGAUCAUGAAGUACAUAAUUUUUAAAAAUUUAUGAUGUGUUGCAUAAAGCUUUGUUUUCCCAUUUUUUGUAGUGCACUAUGAUAAUUAUGAUUCAAUGUAGAAAUAAUGUAAAUCAGUGUGGAGUAAUGUGUAUGGUGUUAUAUCAAAAUCAAGUCUUAAAGUGGAAAAUUUGAUGACAACUGUAAGUACGGUGUAAAUUUUAAUGAUUACUGCAAUUUCGUUCUUAUAGAAUAUCCAAAACAUGCUAUUUACUUUUUAAAAAAAUAAAUAAUUUAAAAAAAAGAAAUAAAGAAAACGUUUUAAAUUCUUUUUGUAAAGAAUAAAAUGCACACUAUCAAAAAGGAAAUAAGAGAAUUUUUGCAGCAAUAAAGUUUGUCUGCUCAAUAAUAAAAUAAAUAAAUAAAAUAAAUAUAAUUAUUCUAUUUCAACUUUUUUUAAAUUUAUCAUUUGCCAGAUUUAACUUAAUUUUAUUUUCUACGUUUUUUAACAAUGAAUUAAAACAAAAAUAAUAUUCAAUUUUUUAAAAUUGCAUUAUAUCAAAACCGUGUAGUAUAAUGUUCGACGUUUCUACCAUGUUAUAGUAGUCUCAAAUUUUGAUCCGUGUGAUAUUGAAGCCGUGUCGUGCAAGUACGGUGUUAUAUAAGGGACGACUGUACUUUACAUUAUUACACAUAACGGUUCCUUAUAUACAAAUAUGUAAAAAUUAAAAUAAAGGAGAGUUUAAAAUCCUGAAAAUAAAAUACAAAUACAUUCAUAAAAAUGUCACACCUUGUGCUAAUGGAUUGAACUGAUUGCAACACCCUUUACUUAUGUUUAGCGGAUGCAUAUUUUUGCAUUGUUAUUUUUAAUUUCAAAGUUUUUUAUUUAUUCAGAAAGUUAUUAUAAUUGAAACAUAUUGUCAUAGUGUACAAAAAGCUUAUUUUAUUUUUCAUUUAAAUAUUAUUUAUUUGUUUAUUUUAUGGAUGAGUUACAAUCUUGGGCCUUAAGUUAUUGUAAGUUUUGCUUCAUUAAGCAAAUAAGUGCAUUUUAUGAAUUUUUUUCUUUUAUUUUUUCAUAUUUUAAAAUAUGCUUGUUUUGUUUUAUUGCGAUUAGAUAGUCGUUUGAAUACAUAAACUUAAUUGGAACAUAACUAAUUUUUACGUACAAUUCCUUAAUUAUAUGUUUGAUGUUUUUAGAUCAUGAUCUGAUAGAGCAGUAUGCAUGAAAUCGUUUUUUAUGUAAAUCAAAUGGCACUUCAUGUCCUUGGUUGUGUAUAACAUUUGUAACAUGAUUGUUCAAUGUGUAAUUCAUAUAUUGGUGUUUGAAACUGCAAUUUGUUUUUAAGAAAUACUGAAUUACUCUGCUGAAGUUCCAAGUUUAUACUCAAGAGCUUAAUGUCAAACUGCUGUAAUCAGCAAAUUAUAUGUGAGCCUUAAUCUGUAUCUUGUAUCUAGCUGGUGUAUAAUGUUUAAAUUUCUUGUAAAUUUUGUAAUUUUCUUCCUAAUUUUGUGCAGUUUCAUUUAUUUAAAAAUAUAAAAAUAUACUAUUUUAAAAAUUAUUCAAUAUAUUCAAUUAGUGUACAUUAUCUAUUUAUAUGGUAAGCAUUUCCAAUUUACCAUUAAUUUAUACUAGCAUGAUUAUCAAUCAAAACGUUUUGGGUCCUGUAUUUUCUAAAAAGAUUACCAAUUAAGACUACUAAGUAAACAUUUUUCUCUCCAAUAAUAACAAAAUAGUUUUUUAACAUUCAGAAGGCCGAAAAUCCGUUAACAUAUGAAACCGCCAGAAAUGGUUAAAAUGAUCGUUCUUUAAAACAAGCAUUAAAUCAUAGUCAACCUUGAAAUAUUUAACUAAAAUAUGUAGGAAAUAUAUUUCAGCAUGUUUCAUGUAGGUACACUCAGUUCGAAUUUAAUAGGGGAAAAGUCUCAUGCAUUAGAAAACAAAAAAAAGUUCUAAAACUAUGUACUUGUGCUUUGAAAUAAGAAUGGCUAAAGAUCACCCUCUCAAAGUUAUGACUUUUCACAGCAAUUCAAAAAAAAAAAAAAAACAUAAUCAAUGGUCAUUUAGACCAUUAUUGGCUAUUCAAGGUAUAUUCCAAAUUUACAUAGCAUCAAAAAGAGAUUAACUGGUAAAAAAUUUUUUGUAGAAGA